CUUGUCGCCUUCCGGAGCUCCGCGCUACAUCAGCCUGCGAGUGGAAUCGUUGGUGAUGCCAAGAUUCAAACUAAAGUUACCACCUUAGAUUCAAAGAGCGAAAUUGUAAGUAUAGGACUGAAUGCUGAUGAAACGUUGCUUGGUGUGUUUGGCCACAACCCUCAGGGCUGCUUCGUUAAUAUUUUUGAUGUUCUAACGCUGUCUGCUGAUGUUCCUGGCGAGGCAUUUCCUAUAUCAACUGUUCGAAUUGGUAACUCGGUGUCUAAAGGACUUGCGUUUGAAUGGAAUCCAGCCGUUGCUGAUAUGUUUGCAGCUUCGGACAGUGAAAGGACAUUGAGUGUUAUUAAAAUUGAUCUACAACUGCUGCACGGAGGUGCUUUAGAAUUCGUCAAAGUACAGCAUGGUCGGCGAGAAAAAUGUCGACCACUGCACACACUACCUCGUUUACAUGAAUUUGUGCCUCCUGCUUCCCCAACUCGGUUUCAACAGCGGCUUGUCGUCGCUUCAAAGUAUCACAUCGCAGUAGCUGUAGCAAACAAUCAUGAGCUUGUCGCCUUCCGGAGCUCCGCGCUACAUCAGCCUGCGAGUGGAAUCGUUGGUGAUGCCAAGAUUCAAACUAAAGUUACCACCUUAGAUUCAAAGAGCGAAAUUGUAAGUAUAGGACUGAAUGCUGAUGAAACGUUGCUUGGUGUGUUUGGCCACAACCCUCAGGGCUGCUUCGUUAAUAUUUUUGAUGUUCUAACGCUGUCUGCUGAUGUUCCUGGCGAGGCAUUUCCUAUAUCAACUGUUCGAAUUGGUAACUCGGUGUCUAAAGGACUUGCGUUUGAAUGGAAUCCAGCCGUUGCUGAUAUGUUUGCAGCUUCGGACAGUGAAAGGACAUUGAGUGUUAUUAAAAUUGAUCUACAAAAUUCGUCAAAGUACAGCAUGGUCGGCGAGAAAAAGUUGGAGGCCAACAUCAGCGAGAUUUCAUGGAGUCCUAAAGGAAAACAACUGGUAGUUGGUGAUGUACGCGGCAAAAUCUAUCAACUGAAGCCAGAACUUGAGCUCGUUCGCACAACGAAUGCACCGGAAAAUGCAGGAAAUGUGGUGGUGAUCAACUUGAGUUGGCUUUCUACCACGGACUGGCUAGUGGCUUAUUCUAACGCUGAAAUGACAAGCAUUGCAUCAUUCAUGUUGAGCAUCAAAAAGGAUAAGCCACCGUCAUGGACUCCGUUGAACUUCUCACCCCAGUCGUCGUUAGGGGUAACAAGAAGGUUACUGGUGGACUGGAACAUUGCUUUGAUUGUAUCUCCUAGCUCAGCUGGUCUGCUGGCGAUAUGCAAAUCUGCAAAUAACGCUUGGACAAGCGCAAGUAUAGCAGCAUUAGUCGAGCCGUCCGCUGCAAAAUUCGCAAUAGGGGUCGCAGUAGACCUUUCAAACCAGAAUAUGGUCACCACAGGUGAUGGAUCUUCACGACGCCUUCCAAUUGUAGUAGUUUUGUACAGCGACGGUUCAGUGAUUUCGCUGCAACUUGCUCCACCGUCGAAAGAUUAUCCUGAUUGCAAUAUUAAAAAUGGACUUCGUCAAGGGAACGCUGUCGCCGGCACGUCCAGCGUUAUACAGCAGACUCCGCCAGUAGCUGCUCCGCAAACUACCUCUUUCUUUGGCGCCUUUGGCGCAACGAAAACUGAACCGUCAGCUCAGCCGUCUGCUGCCACGCCAUUUGCUUCAGCAUUCGGAAUGUCCGGAACAGCUCAAGCUCAACCAUCUGCAACCAGUGCCUCAGCUACACCAUCGCUAAGCUCUCCAGCUACUGGGGGAAUGUCCGUGAGUGCAGCGGUGCCAGAACAGAAGCCACUCACAGGAAGUUUGUUCUCAGGUUUCCAAGGUCUAAAAACCACACCAACUGCUAGCAAUGUACAGGCAGCAACCACUCCACUAACAGGUUUGCCAGCUGCUGGAAAAGUCUCUGCUGGGCUUGGUCUUCGCACUCCCGAAGCGAAACCCGCCAUUUCAACUACGACAUCAGGAGAUCAGAAAGCUCUUUCUGCAACGCCCAUGAAGCAGGAUGGAGUUCCGGCUGUUGAUCCUGCAGAAGCUGCCAGAAGCGCUGUUGCUGCAGCUCGAGCGUCAGCUAAAAAAUCGAUAGAAACCUUCAGUAGUGACUGGCACAGUUUACAUGAGCAAUUGCACUCAUUUUACAUUAACAUGCAAAAAGUCGAAGGCAGUGUUGAUGAAGCAAUGAACUCUCUCAGUCACGCGGAUAAUUUGGAGACAGUUGAGGACAUUGAGCGAAUGGUGAUCCAACUGGAUGAUGAUAUGCAAGAUAUGUUGGCUAUGUUAGGCAUGGAAAGAAUGGCACUUGCAAAGGAAUGCGAAAGUUCGCAGCUAGUUUUCGGGCCUGCUGUGGGUGGGUUGGAGAGGCUUGAAUCUGAGCGAGUUCUACAAAAAUACGAGGAUUUCGCCCUGAAGCUCCACGAAGCAAAGAAACUCUUGGCGGAUACGAAAAAGAUUUCUGCAACUUGUAAGCCUAGACGUGUGAAUCAGUUUGAUCCGAAAUUUGAAGGCCGUAUAUAUGAGAGCAUGAAGAACUUGUCACGUUAUUCAUCUGCGGUGCGAUUACGCAUCGAUGAACUGGAGAGGAAGGUUUUAUAUCUGACCUCGCGACCGGAGUUCAACAACAGAAAAGAACAUUCUGCUUCAAAGCAAACGAUGAAUUCGACCGCCAUAGGAGAGGUUCCAUCUGCUGUGUUCAGCUAUACAUAUCCAAAACCUUUGAAACUGGAUCGUGGUGCAUCGAAACCUGAAAUGAGAUCGAUGCUGCUGAGAUACUUGAGCUCGAAGAAAGAUGUCAAGGCAACUAUCAAGAAGUUGGAAGCUCUUCAUUUCGACAGUGCACCGAGCGAUGACACCUUGAGUUCAUCUUUCCUCAAUGCUAGCAAUAUUGAAAACAGUUUGACGCAGAAGAUAACUUCACCCGCGAGAGUCAAGCCCGUGCUGUCAACACGAAAUGUCAGUACUCAGGCGGACGCUCCUGCACAAGCUCCAUCGAAGUCAGCUGCGGCACCGAGCUUGCCUGUAUCCUCUUUCCCAACAAAACCUGAUGCUCCCAAGACAACUUCUGCAAGUGUCAGUUUAAUCGGCGAUAAGAAACCCUCUGGUACCAGCAUAACUUCCACAGGAAAAACGACUCUACCAACAUUUAAUUUCACUACGGGCCAAAGCAAGGCAGGGGACUCUCCUCUCGUGAAGGACUCAUCCGAAAAGCUGUCUUUCAGUGGUGCCAAAGAACAGAAGGAGGGUCAAAGUACAUCUCUUGCAAAAGCUGACACUGCUCCCUCGACGAAUUCCAUUUUUGGUCGACAUCUGCAAAGCCGCUUGGACCAUCCUCAAAUCUUGGUAGCUUAUUCGGUGGAGCUGGAACGCUCAAGCUGGACGAAAAGAAAGAUGAGAAACCACUGUCAAUUUUUGGAACCAAAAGCACUUACAAGUGAAGAGAAGAAAGAAGAGAAACAAUCUUCUGUAGCCGAGACAGCAGCUACUGGUGCGGAAAAGAAGGACGAAAAGCCGCUUUCAAUGUUUGGAAGUAUAGGGUCCUCUAGUGCUGAGAAGAAAGACGAGAAGCCAUCAUCAAUUUUUGGAGGUGCAGGAGCUUCAGGAACUACCACUUCCGAGAAGAAAGACGAGAAACCAACAUCUUUAUUUGGAGGACUAGGUACCAGUAGCGAAAAGAAAGAAGAAAAGACGUCCUCGUUGUUUGGAGGAGGUAUUACAGCUGCUAACACAGAAAAGAAGGAUGAGAAGCAACCUUCUAUCUUUGGAGGAGGUUCUCUCUCCACAGCUAUAGAGAAAAAGGAAGAAAAACCGCCCUCAAUAUUUGGAGGAUUGACACAAACCACACCGAAGUCAAUUUUUGCCAAGGACUCCAUCAAGGCUUCAGAUUCCGAGCAGUCAUCGAAGCCUUCAGAGUCCGCAGUCGCACAAGAUACUAGUAAAACUAGUGGUGGAAGCAUUUUCGCGACGUCUGCAGCAACAGGCCAAGCCGAAGUGAAAUCUGAACAAGGUUGUUACCAGUUUCCAAAGCUAUUAACCCUUUGCUGCUCCAGCUGUCGGAUCAGAACUUCGACU